AUGGAGGGACCUCCGCUUGUGUCUCGUCACUCGAUUGAUGAUACUGAUGUUCAGGGCCUGGGAUAUGGCGUUGGUGAUGGCGGUGGUGGUACUUUCUCCACCGCCCUUCUCGAGCCAAAUGUGCACGACGUGAUGAGCAUGGAGUUGGCCCACCACGACAUGGGUGGUUAUUUGGAUCCUAGAAGUUUCGGUGGGGGAACAUUGGGAUUUGAUGAUUAUAACACUUCAUCUUCGCUUUAUGAUGUGAACUCCUCAUUUGCCGAUGAGAUAUCCACCGAACAAAAAGGAAUUUUCGGCAGCGAUACAGUUCCUUUUUCGCAGGCUAAUCCUAACCCUCCAGUAAAAGUUGUGGGAAGAACAGAACAUCCUCCUUCAGUUAUUCCGAACAAUAAAUAUGAGAAUACCGUCAGAUAUGACCAAAGCAGAAACGUACCCACUUAUCCGGUGAAAACAGCAGAUCCAUCGACAUGUACUCAGUAUGCCCCCGUGAGGACUUUAAUAAAUUCCUCCAUAAAGCCACACGGAAGUGCUCCGAGUCGUCGUACAACUUCUCGUAGCACUCAGAAGAAGGAAGCGAUAGAUCCCAAGAGAGUAGAAGAUGAAGUUGCUAGGAAUGUAUCCCAAAUUUUGUCCGCAACAAAGCAGCAACGUCUUGCUAUGGAAGCACAACAACGUAAUGGUACAACAGCACCGCAGCCACCAAGAAUUGCAUAUGCUUGUCCGGAUUGCCACAAAACAGUAACUAGUGCUAGAAAUUUACAGCGUCAUCGCCAAACAUGUACAGCUAGAGUGAAUGGCGGUAAUGGCGCUACGGGAAUACCUUCAUCCUCCUCAGUGUCCUCCUCCUCGGUUGCAUUAUGUCCAACGUCUACCUCAGUGAUGAUAUCGCCAACAUCGUCGUACUCUAAUCUCUCUUAUAACAAUUAUAAUCUUUCUGGCGAGGACCAACAUUAUGCAGACUGGUCGAGAAGCAAUAGCUAUUCUGCUCCACAGUCCGUAUCCAGUCAGCAUGAGAAGUCCGUCAAUGAGCCAGCAGAUCAACUUGGAACGUUGGAUCCCAAUAGCAUUUCUUGUCGUUUGGAAGACGCUUGCUUGCAUCCACUCUCCCUGGACCUUGAUGAACCUCGUGCACUUUCCAGUAGUGGUUCUACGAGUUCGGCUUCUACUGGAACCCAUUCAUCUGGAGCCAUUUUUGUAUGUGAAUCUUGUAAGAAAUCGGUAUCAUCUCUGCGUAGUUUGAAGCGUCAUCAUACCACUUGUAAGCAGUACAUAGCAGAAAAUGGACCUCCACCUGAGAGCGACCGUUCGUCUUCGUUUUUACGCAACAACAACCGUACUUCAUCAGCAACCGAUUUGCUCAUUUCGGCAGAGGGUGUCACUGCAGUGAACUCUUCUGUUUCUCACGUUGUGAAAUCCUCUCAGCGGACUCCGAUAUCCUUUCUACCGCCACCUUCAACGCAAACCGCUGUUGUAACUGUGAGCUCGGAUCUCCCGAAUCACUUUGACCCAUGUACUGCGAAAGCCCCUCCUCAGUUACCAUUGGUGACCUCGUCAUCGUGCCGCUGCUCGCUGACUGACUGCAACUGCACACCAUCAAGUUCACCUCAGCAGUCUGUGUCGUGUGUUCCCAAGCUUACUGCUAACAAUAACACAUGCGAAGAUUGCAACCGUCAAUUGUGCUCGGCCAGUAAUCUCAAACGACAUCGAGCCACAUGCAAGAUUGUUAUGCAGAAACAGUACUCAAGAAACGGCGGCGUUGUAUCUCCGGUCUCAAAAACGGUGCAACAACAGAAAUGGCAACCAGUAGAAAUAGCCGCUAGGGAAAGAAUGAUCAUCGAUCGCUCCUAUGCAGCGGCCUUAGCGGCUAGUCAAGAAGCUCGUCAAUAUCUAUCACAACAAAGUCAAAUGGUUACUAGAAAGGGAACAGAUAACACAGGAGCUUUCGUGAUUGUUCAAGAUCAGGGCAUAGUGGGAGAAAGACCAUGGAUUACUGUCGGGGAGCACUUGCGUGCACAGCACAUGCAGCAGAAAGUCCUGGAAGCUCAGAAUUUGCAGCAACAAGAUCAGAACCAGGCGGUUGUUCAGGCUUCUGGAGCUCAAGCUGUUGAUCAUGUUGACACUAUGGAACCUGGCAAGGUUUCGCUAAACAGCAAUAAUGAACCCUUGUCCGAAGAGCAAAAAUGCGAGGAAAAUGAAAAUUCAAAUGGAGAGGGUUGUAAUGGCCAGGAAAGUACGAACCAAUUCUCGGAAAGGAAAACAUCUUUCACUUCUUACAAAUGUACUAAUGUGAUAUCACGCCUCUCAAUGUCCCAGCCAUCUACGGUCAUGCGUUGCUCGUCUACUGUUGAACAAAAACCAAUUUACGAUGUCAAGUCCGGUGCACUUCAGUUAUCUCAAAAUCAAGGAAAUCCUACUAUAACUCCCCUCGAAAGUAUCAUUACCACUCAACCGCUGCCGAAUGAUCGAGCGGAUACAUUUGGGACGUCGUGGAACCUAGGAGAGCGCCGAAGUUCAGAUUCUAUACAGACAACUAUUCCUGCAGGGAACUCUACAUCUCUCAUUACGCCAAAUCGUCAGCCAGCAUCAAUUUCAUCUGAAUUCCAGUGUCCAGAAUGUUUGAAAACAUACUCUUGUCGCAAGAACGUGAAGCGCCAUCGUAUGGCUGUGCACAAAUUGUCAGCUGAAGAAGUGUCAAGACCAAUGAGUGCUUCAAUGGGCUGCGGAAGCGACUCUGGCUCAUUCACUCAGCUUGGUCAAACAAUGUCAAAUAAAAUCCCAAUGACAAGAAGCGAUAUGGGCUCACCCCAGCAUCUCAUACAACAAAACCGGUAUCAAGAGCGGGUGGGCAGUUGUUGGGGAAGUCCACACCAAAUACAUCAGCACGUGGAAGGAACCUGGUCAAGAAACAAAGAGUAUGUGGAUGAUGAAGAAAGUGCUGAGACAGCAAGAAUUGCGGCUGAGCUUAAACGAAGCGCGGAACAAGAGAUGGCUGAAAUUGAGGGCAAAAAACCUCGUACAGAGUUAGCAGAAGCGGAUACAACAUUCCACGAAGAAACUGAGCCUGGAUCCUCUCAUUUAUCGGACGGUAGUCGCAUGCACUCUAUGACUACAAUUGACGCGACUCAACCGACGUCGGAUACUCCAGCUCAUUCCACCAUGAAUUCAUGGAUGGAACAGAAAUCAUUGCCAUUGGAUGCUGUGCACGCUACAAGAUCGUCUGCUCAAGGAAGUCCAUCUACAGCCAAAGUGACCAAGCGACCUCCUCAUGUUUGCGUAGAUUGCAACCGUGUGCUCUCUUCGGAUUAUUCCUUGCGACGUCACCGGCUGACAUGCAUUGAAGCAAGAAACAAUGGCACUGCCCAGUCAACAGCUCAAUCAGGAACCACUGCCACGAACACAUCCUCCCUUGGAGAUGAGUCGGUGCAACUGCAAGAUGUAAUGCUUGGCAGCGCGUACAUUGGAAAUGAUCGAAAUAAUGACUCAAUGGGAAUGUCGGAUCCAAUGCUAAGCCAUGUGGCAAUGUCGGCGCCAGUGCAUCAACAAGGUGUGCAGUUCCGAUCGACAUCGUUGAGCGGAUCUGCGUCGUCGUCUGCAGUUGAUGAGUGGUAUGAGCGUCACUCUCUUCGGAAAACCGACGACGUUCCGGACUCCACUACAAGCCAGAGACUCGAUCGCUCUACCUCUCCGGGCUUGUUAUCCACUCCUUCUGAAGGCGCUCAACCUGGCUGUCUUCAGUACACCAGGAAACGCGCCAAUUCUGGUGGAACGAGUGCUCAAAACGAGGGUGGUUCAUCUCGUCCACAGCAUAAACAUCUCUGCCAGGCUUGCGGGAAAUUCUACUCUUCUGAAUGGAAUCUGGAACGACAUCGACGGGAGUCGUGCCCAGUGAAGGGAAAGGCCUCGCCUGCACCAAAAGAACCUGUGGAAAAUGUUCUGAGCGAUGAAGCAAGUGUACAAGUCGGACACACAUUAUUCCUGCUGUCCAGAACAGCGCUGUCACGUGCUUCAGCCUAUUUUGCUCAACUCUUUGCUAUGCAUGACCCAUCGAAAGGGGAACUGCGCCUUGAACUGGAUCCUUCACAUUUCCAGUCACUUCUUGACGUGUAUAACAAUCCAAAUAAUCUUAAUCAAUACAAUAUUGACGCUGUUGUAGUGUUGGCUAACCGGCUUAAAUUUAGCACUGUUUUUGAUAGUUGUGAACGUUAUAUCGCUGAACAGCUGCCUCAAAUCUCCGUUAUGCAUGCCAUUCGUCUGGCUGAACAGCUGAAACUUUCGGCCAUAAAACAGCGUUUGUUCGACACUAUUUCUAUUGAUGUGUUCAGGUCCUUGGCAUCCGACGAGCAAUACAAGAAAAUGGACGCCGAAUUGAAGGCUGAACUUUUGGAAAAGUGGGGCACGUUCCUUUGA